AUGCUGUCACAGGUACAAGGACUUCGAUGGAAUUCAACACUUGCAUCAGAGACCAAUGCCACAGUAUCCACUGGAAACACAACGCAUUACCGUAUCACGUUGAGAAGAUCUGCUAUUGGUAUGCCCUCUCAUACCAGAAAGGUUCUCGAAUCGAUGGGAUUGCGUAAACGUUUACAGAGCAUCUACAGGCCCAAGAGAGCUGAUAUUGCGGGUAUGGUAUUGGCAGUGAAGGAAUUGGUUCAUGUAGAGAAUGUGCGUAGACUCGAUGGAGGAGGAUGGCAACCACUAUCCAACAACCAGUUUCAUCCAGUGAAGGCUGACGAGGAUGCGAUUUGGGUCAAUGAAAAGAAUGAAUUUGUUAGUUGGGGAGGCAAAGAAUCGUAUAAAGCGCCUCGAGGAUAUUCAGUUGUUGGUAAUCUUAUCAACGAGAAACGUCACCGUGAAAUCCUUGCAUCACGUUUAGAGUGA